AUGGACGAUUCACUUUACGAUGAAUUUGGUAACUACCUUGGACCAGAGUUACCUGACUCCGAUGAGGAAGAAAUCGCACCUCAGCCUAUGCAAGAAGUUGAAGAUCUAUAUGAAGAAGGGGAGGAAGACGUUAGUGGUCCAAGUAUGGCACUUAUGGAAGUAGACGAUGUUCCUCAGACUCAAGUUAUUCUUCAUGAAGAUAAAAAAUAUUAUCCGAGUGCUGAAGAAGUUUAUGGUCCUGAAGUGGAAACUUUGGUUCAGGAAGAAGAUACUCAACCUUUAUCCGAACCUAUAAUCCAGCCAAUAAAAAUAAAAAAAUUUCAACUAGUAGAAAAAAAUCUUCCAGAGACAAGAUUUAAAAAAGAAUUUUUGGUGGAUAUGAUGAAUUUUCCUGAAUUGAUAAGAAAUGUUGCUAUUGUCGGUCAUUUACAUCAUGGUAAAACUUCUUUUGUUGAUAUGUUGGUUAAUGAGACCCAUUCCUCGGUUGCAUGGGAUGUGGAUAAACAGGAACGUUAUACAGACACUCAUACGUUAGAAAGGGAUAGAGGUGUCAGUAUCAAGAGCAUGCCAAUGACACUUGUCUUGCAAGACACCAAAUCUAAAUCUUAUUUGUUCAAUAUUAUGGAUACGCCGGGUCACGUUGAUUUUGUGGAUGAGGUUACUGCCGCACUUCGACUUUCUGAUGGUGCAGUUAUUGUAGUAGACGCGAUAGAAGGGGUCAUGGCUAAUAGUGAACGCGUUAUACGACACGUUAUACAAGAAAAUCUGGCGUUCACAUUGGUAGUAAAUAAAGUAGAUAGAUUGAUUUUAGAAUUGAAAUUACCACCAAAUGAUGCUUAUUAUAAGUUAAAACAUACCAUUGAAGAAGUGAAUUCUAUCAUCAGUCAACACGCACAGGGUCGUGACCUUCGCGUGUCUCCUGAACGUGGAAAUGUUUGUUUCGCGUCCAGUCAGAUGGGUGAUAUAAAUGCUGAUGAUUUUGCAAAACGUUUGUGGGGUGAUAUUCAUUAUAAUCCCACCAAGAGGUCUUUUAGUAGAAAAGGCAUGGAAACUAAGAGUCAACGUUCAUUCGUGUAUUUCAUUCUGGAGCCAUUAUACAAAAUUUAUUCUCAGGUAAUAGGAGAAGAUGAAGCGACUUUAAAAAAAACCUUGGCUUCUUUGGGUAUCUAUCUGAAGGCUUCUCACUUUCAAUUAGAUGUUAAACCAUUAUUGCGGAUAGUAUUGGACCAAUUCUUUGGUCAAGCAACUGGAUUUGUCGACAUGGUUGUUCAACAUAUUCCAUCGCCAGAAAAAAAUGCAAGUAAAAAGAUAGAACACACAUACACUGGACCGAUGGAUACAGAUGUUGCAGAGGCGAUGCGUAAAUGCGAUUCGGAUGGUCCCUUAAUGAUUUAUGUGACAAAAUUAUAUAAUUCAUCUGACGCGUCAACUUUUGACGCGUUUGGACGGAUUAUGAGUGGUUCUGUUAGAAAAGGUCAGACUGUAAGAGUUUUGGGAGAAGGAUAUUCAAUUGAUGAUGAAGAGGACAUGACUGUACAAGAAGUUUUGGAUGUUUGGAUUUUUGAAUCCAGAUAUAGAAUUGGUGUGGAUGGUAUACCCGCUGGAAAUUGGGUGCUAUUGGGUGGUGUUGAUAAUUCUAUCGUGAAAACUGCGACCAUUACUGAAAACUCCGAAGAAGAAGGGCAUAAAUAUAUCUUUAGAUCUUUGUCAUUUGUCACAACUGCUGUACUUAAAGUAGCCGUUGAACCGGUCAAUCCAUCUGAAUUGCCUAAAAUGUUGGAUGGAUUACGAAAAAUUAAUAAAAGUUAUCCUAUAUUAAUAACAAAAGUUGAAGAAUCUGGUGAACAUAUUAUUCUCGGCACGGGUGAAUUAUGCUUGGAUUGUGUUUUACAUGAUCUUAGAAGAAUGUAUGCUGAAAUAGAACUUAAGGUUUCUGAUCCUGUGGUGCGAUUCUGUGAAACGGUUGUAGAAACAUCGGCUUUAAAGUGUUUUGCUGAAACUCCAAAUAAAAAAAAUAAACUGACCAUGAUAUCUGAGCCACUGGAAAAAGGUAUCGCUGAAGACAUUGAAGCUGGUAGAGUAAGCUUAAAGUGGGAGGUUAAAAAUGUUGCAAAAUUCUUUGAAGAAAAGUAUUCUUGGGAUGUAUUGGCAUCUCGUUCGAUAUGGGCAUUCGGACCUGACGAUAAUGGUCCAAAUAUCCUGAUAGAUGAUACCUUACCUGCAGAGGUAAACAAAGAUCUUAUGAAACUAGUUCGAGAUUCAAUACGACAAGGUUUUCAAUGGGGUACUCGAGAAGGACCUUUGUGUGAUGAACAUGCCGUUAUAGCACCUGAACCUUUAUUCCGUGGUGGUGGUCAAGUAAUUCCUACAGCAAGACGUGUUUGUUAUUCUGCAUUUCUUACGGUAAUGUCUUAUUUUGAAAUAAAGUUUGGAAUUUACCGGUACAUUGACGCAACACCAAGGUUGAUGGAACCUGUAUAUUAUGUUGAAAUUCAAGCGCCUGCUGAUUGUGUUUCUGCUGUGUAUACAGUCUUAGCGAGAAGAAGAGGACAUGUCACACAGGAUAUUCCAAAGGCAGGCUCUCCAUUAUAUACUGUCAAAGCCUAUAUCCCUGUAAUUGAGGCAAAUGGAUUUGAAACAGACUUAAGAACUCAUACACAAGGGCAGGCAUUUUGUCAACAAAUGUUUGACCAUUGGCAGAUUGUUCCUGGUGAUCCGUUGGAUAAAAGUAUUAUUCUUCGACCUUUAGAACCUAGUCCAGCGCAGCACUUAGCUAGGGACUUUAUGGUAAAAACUCGAAGACGUAAGGGAUUGUCCGAAGAUGUUUCCGUAAACAAGGUAUAUGAAUAA